AUGACACGCCAAGUGAUUCUAGGCCUGGACAUCAGCACGGGGCUGGACUCCUCCACCACCUUCCUCAUCACACGCUGCCUGCGCCACCUCACGCACCUCCACGCCGCCACCACGCUCGUGGCGCUACUCCAGCCCGCCCCCGAGACCUACGAGCUCUUUGACGACGUGCUGCUACUUGCAGAAGGCCACGUGGUGUUCCAUGGGCCCUGGGAGCAGAUCAUCCUCGUGGCGCUCGUCACCAUGACCGCCUUUUUCCGCACCACCCUCGACGUCUCCCUGCAAGACGACGACUAUUACCUCGGAGCCACGUUCUUCGGUGUGGUCAUGAUGCUCUUCAAUGAGUUCACGGAGCUCCCGCUGAUGAUAGUGAGUGGUGCCUGUUGCAACAUGGUGGUGUUCACGACCUUUGGCUCAUUCGCCGACAUCCAAUUUGUCCUCAUGGGCGGGUUCGUCAUUGCAAAAGCCGACAUCAGCAACAUGUGGAUCUGGGCGUAUUGGACAUCGCCUCUCAUGUACGGGCAGAACGCCCUCGCUUCCACAGGUCCCCUCUUCCCCACCACGGCCACCAUGAGGCAGGUGUUUCUGGAGAGCUGCUCGAUCCCAACGGAUGACAAGUGGGUCGGCAAUGGUGUGGCGGCACUCAUUGGACACAUCAUGCUUUUCAACCUCCUCACUGUUGCCACGCUCUCUUAUCUUGAUCGUAAGCUUUCAACACCUUCUCUCCUCGUUUCAUCUCCUGCUCUCUUGCCUGCUCUCUUGCCUGCUCACUUGCUUGCUCACUUGCCUGCUCUCUCGCCUGCUCUCUUGCCCGCUCUCUUGCCUGCUCUCUUGCCUGCUCUCUUGCCUGCUCUCUUGCGUGCUCUCUUGCGUGCUCUCUUGCGUGCUCUCGUACCUGCUCUCGUGCCUGCUCUCUUGCCUGCUCUCUUGCCUGCUCUCGUGCUUUCUCUCUUGCCUUCUCUCUUGCCUGCUCUCUUGCCUGCUCUCUUGCCUGCUCUCUUGCCUGCUCUCUUGCCUGCUCUCUUGCCAGCUCUCUUGCCAGCUCUCUUGCCAGCUCUCUUGCCUGCUCUCUUGCCUGCUCUCUUGCCUGCUCUCUAG